AUGGGUCAGUCUUCUACAUCAAUUGUGAAUCCAUCCCAACCAGUAGAACCUCCUACCAUACCACCUGCAUCACCCAGGGGGCAUACAGCAGCCCAACCAAUCAAUCAUGUAGCACAACCUUUCAUGGACGGAGCUGCGGCUGAGUCUAUUGCAGGGUUAUCUCUAAGUAAUGCAAAUUAUGAAGAAGCAAUUGUUAUUUUGAAAGCAAGCAAUCUUGCUACAAUCCAUACCCUCAAAUGUGCCUCUGAAGAAGUUGAAUGUAAGAAUGAUGUCCUUGCGCAAGAGCUGAAGAGAUUUUGGGACUUAGAAACUGUUGGUAUUCAAUCACAGUGUGUGUACGAAGAAUUUCUAGAAAGUAUUCUGUAUGUGGAGAAUCAUUAUGAGGUAAAGUUGCCAUGGAAACACGAUCAUGCUGAACUGCCUGAUAACUAUGAUCUUAGCAAGAAACGUCUAUUAGGGUUGCUGAAGCGAUUGCGUAAUGAGCCUGAAGUCCUUAAGGAGUAUUACAAUGUGAUAAGAGAUCAGCUUAACAAGGAAAUUGUGGAGUCCGCACCAAAACCAAACGAAGAAAUCAAGAGUAUGCACUAUUUACCUCAUCAUGCCGUCAUCCGUCAAGACAAAACAACAACAAAAUUGAGAGUAGUGUAUGACGCCUUGGCGAAGUCAAGAGGACCUUCACUUAACGACUGCCUGUAUAGUGGUCCCUCGCUGACUCAGAACAUCGUUGACAUAAUGAUGCGUUUUCGUGCAUACAAGGUGGCCUUAACUGGAGAUAUUGAGAAGGCUUUCCUCAUGAUCCAUGUAGCAGAGUCUGAUCGGGAUGCAUUGAGGUUCCUGUGGGUCGAUGAUGUACACAGCCCAAACCCUAAGAUUAUCUUAUUUCGAUUUACCAGAGUAGUGUUUGGUGUGUCAUCAAGUCCCUUUCUAUUAAAUGCCACAGUAAAACACCACAUUGAGCAAUACCGAGAAGACGAUCCGAGUUUUGUGGAAACGUUCCUGAAUUCAAUUUAUGUGGAUGACCUUAUUUCCGGUGGUGAAAGUGUGGACAGCACAUUCAAACUCUAUGAAGAUUCAAGAAACCCAUUGGCAAAGGCCAACUUCAAUUUGCGAAAGAUAACCACGAAUUCUAAGGAACUCCAAGAGCGGAUAUGUCAAGCCAACCAACUGUUGACAAAGAAUGAUGCAUCGAGUGAAAGUAUCAUGACUAGAGCUGAGCCCAAGCACUUGGUUCAGGAGGAGCAGUCAUCUUAUGCCGGAAGAACCUUAUGGGAUUCUUACGAGGACAAUUUUAUUAUUGAUCUCAAGGACGUUGCAGAGUUGGCGAACGACGUUCAACCUACGAAGAGAAAUGUGAUCAGUGUUUCUUCCAAGAUUUACGAUCCUAUUGGAUUUAUAUCCCCAUUAGCAAUAAAUUUCAAGCUGUUGUUUCAAGAACUCUGUAUGGCCAAGGGCGACUGGGAUCAUCCACUUCAAGGAACCCUAAAAUGCAACUGGCAGAAAUUAGUUGAAAACCUGAGAGAAGUCCAACCUGUUGUCAUUCCAAGAUAUUAUGUGUCUGAUGUGCAGGGGCAGGUCGUAUCCUACGAACUUCAUGGGUUCUGCGAUGCAUCUAUCAAAGCGUUGGAGUUACUCUCAGCGCUCGUGCUUGCCAGAUUAACGAAUGUUACUCAGAGGGCCCUGGAGUUUGUGAUUGAAAUUUCGAAGGUUCAGUGCUGGACGGAUUCUAAAGUCGAAUUGUAUUGGAUUACGCAGCAGGAAGAGGAAUGGACACAAUACGUACAGAGUCGAGUUGAAGAUAUCAGAGGGCUGUUUCCUGCAAAGCACUGGAGUCACUGUCCAGGUGUAGAAAAUCCCGCAGACAUUCCAUCACGUGGUAUCCUGCCUACACAGCUAGCAUCGUCUACAUUGUGGUGGUCUGGCCCAAAGUGGUUGUCUACCAUAGACAACCCUGGAAAGGAGAACUGUGAUAGCGAUGUUGUACCUGAAGAGUGUCGAGCAGAGAUGAAGGUCAAGGACCAGAGAGCAUUGAGUCGAAGACAGAAAGAUCUUUCAACAAACUCAGAAGUCACGCGAGUCGACAUCGAAUUGGCUCAAGUUCUAUGGAUCAAGGAACUACAGGUCAAACUGAAAAUGAACGAGAAAUUCAAGGAGUGGAAUCGAGAUCUCGGCCUGUUUACGGAUGAAAGCGGAGUCGUCCGAUGUAAGGGAAUAUUAUCUAACUAUAACUUGCCAUAUUCAGCAAAGUAUCAAAUCCCGGUAGAUACAGCUCACUACCUUACCACGUUAAUCAUACGGGAUUGUCAUGCUCGAGUAAUGCAUAGGGGAGUAAAGGCGACGUUAACAGAACUUCGUUCGAAAUUCUGGUUAGUGCGUGGAAGGAGCUUUGUACGAAAACUCCUUUUUAAUUGUGUUACUUGCAAUAAGCAAGAUGGUAAAGCAUACCUGACACUUAACCCUCCACCAUUGCCCGAGUUUAGAGUAAAGGAAGCACCACCAUUUACGUACGUCGGUUUAGACUACGUCGGUCCCUUAUAUGUGAAAUCUAUGAACCAUUUAGACGAGAAGGCAUGGAUUUGUCUGAUUACCUGCUGUGUCUCUAGAGCGGUACAUCUUGAAGUUGUUCCUAACAUGACAUCGCAAGACUUCCUCAAGAGUUUUAGAAGAUUUACGUCACGACGCUCAACCCUUUUGCUUGUCAUUUCGGACAACGCAAAAACCUUCAAGGCUGCCUCCAAAGAGUUAAUGUCACUCAUGCGUGAUCCUCAAGUUAAGAAAUAUUUCUUGCAACAACGAAUGCAUUGGUUAUUUAAUCUGGAAAAGGCCUUGUGGUGGGGAGGUUUCUUCGAGCGGCUUGUGUGGUCAUUGAAGCAAUGUUUGAAGAGAACCAUCGGACGGGCAAGAUUAUCUUUAAAACGAAUUAGUUACGGCUGUCACGGAGGCAGAAUCGAUCCUGAACAGUCGACCGUUAUCAUAUGUAUCCUCGGAAGAUGCUGA